AAAGGAGGACGGGGAAGGAGGGAUGAGACAGAAAUAGGGAGGAGACGAAGUUUGGGACGAGGGCCAAAAGAGGGUACAACUGCUCCUCCGGCUCUUCUAACUCAAAAGAAAUUUGAGAUGCAAGGGAUCCAGACUCGAGCAACGCCAUGCAACCGGCCCGUCAAGAAGCGUCUCCGGAGGAAGGGAGGCAGCUCCAGCAAGACUGUCAGAGAAGUUAUUCUGGAAUUCCUAGCCGCUCAUAUAUCUCCAUGUCUACGGCCCUCACUUCAAAGGAUGAAAGAAAAGAUUCAUCAACAACAGCUUCUUGAAAGCAGGGUUGAGGACUCGGCAAACAGCGAUUUCGAUGAGAUGGAUGGGCCACAGGCCCGGUUCAAACCAGAAGCCAUCGACACGCUAUGUCAGCUGACAAAGUUCAACAAGCGGGAGCUCCAACUGAUGUAUCGGGGCUUCAAGCAGGAGUGUCCCUCAGGCAUGGUUCGUGAGGAGACUUUUAAAGGAAUAUACGCUCAGUAUUUCCCGAAAGGUGCUGACACAAGUCAGUAUGCUCAUUAUGUAUUCAACACCUUCGAUCAGGAUCACACGGGUGCCAUUACAUUCACGGAUUUUGUAAUUGGACUUUCGGUGCUUGCCCGUGGAUCGCUACAAGAGAAACUUAGGUGGGUUUUCAGUCUCUAUGACAUUAAUGGCGAUGGCUACAUCACAAAAGAUGAAAUGAGUAGAAUUGUCACAUCUAUUUAUGACAUGAUGGGAAAGACAAUGGAUCCUCCUUUAGAAGAGUUUACUACGCAGGAUCACGUGGAACGAGUCUUUCAGAAACUGGAUUUGAACAAAGAUGGAGUUGUAACUAUGGAAGAGUUUAUGGAUUCCUGUUCUCAGGAUGAACACAUCAAGAAGUCGAUGACAGUUUUCAACACUGUAUUGUGACAAAUUGUUGGGGGCUUUCUGCCCCAAGAAGAAGAAGGAGAAUUCUUUUGGUAAACGAGUUGUCCCUCUUUCCAAAACUUCACCAACAGCACGUUUUGCGCUGGCAUUUGCAUCCUUGGGAUGAAAAUUAACCAUCAGAAACUUAUUAUUCUGGGACACUGAAAACUUACUUUUAAAGUGUGCCUUAGAUUUGCUAAACACUGUUCUCUGCUUAACAUUCUUAUUGAAGGUCAAUAAUGGUGAUUACUAAGCCCUUGCUCCUUACAUCAGUAUAAUAACACAUUCUAAAAUAUGGGUUCAUAAAGUAAAAUAUUCUCAGCUGCAUAAUGUCGCUGAGCGAUUUUCAUUAUGCAAGCUUCGCAAAAGCACUUUACAAGCUUAUUUUCCCUAUGUUAAACUUAGACACACUCUAUGCAUUUUUAUUAAAUACGUCAUCUAUGCAUUUUUAAUAAGUUCGUAAACAACGCUAACCAAUUUUGUAAUCCCGUCUUUGCAAUACCCGAAGAAAAUUUUGUUUUAAUUUACCCUAGUACUAGUCUUGUGUGGCUAAAUGCUCUCAAAAUACAACGAAUUUAUACACCUUUAAAAAUUUGCUUAAACCAUUUUUAAUUUUUAACUGCAAAUAACUGCAAAGCUUAUUACAGCACAGUAUAAUCCAUAUAAAUAAAAUGUAAUAAUACAAUCAUAAUAAAGACUCCCUAUAAAUAAAAUAUAAUAAUACAAUCAUAAUAAAGACUUGGUAAGUUAUGAGUUGCAAAAAUAUUACAUUUACUCUUUUCAGAAACACAAGUUACAGAAACAUUGAGCAUACGUUGCACGAAUUUGCCUUUAUAUAGCAGAAAUUGUUAAUAUAACAUUUUGUUGAACACACAACUACAAAUUUAUUACAAAAUUUAACAUUUUUUACAAUCGUAUUGUGCAUACGAGUGAUUUAUUCAUCACUUUCCAGUCACUUUGUGCAUACACAAUAGGAUCUAAAUUACCUUAACAAAGAUGGGUCGAUAUUAUUCUAGUAAUUCGUAUAUUUGGUUGAUGAAAUUUAUUUAAGUAUAUACUUUGAAUAAACCUCAUUCAAAAACACAGUUAUACAUAACCCUUGAUUUGUAUUUUAUUGCCGUCUGGCGGAAUUCUAGGCACAUCUUUAGAAAUAUAAAUAAAACGAAAAUGUCGUAAAUAACAUGAGCGACGAGUAAAUUCUAAAUACGAAAUCUCAAAAGAAUUUAACUGGCAGUCAAUCUAUAAUAUCUUUCGCGCUUAAAUUAUGGUAGCAGUCACGGUAACAGAUUUACAGGACAGCAUUCCUUAUACUACUGCAAAUUACAAAUUCAAUUUUUACCAUUAUUUGGUUGAAUGAUAUAACAUUUAGUUUGAGAACUCUAUCCUACUAUAUACAUUCAAAUAUAUUUUAUACAUGUGCGUGGGUAUAUGCAGUUGUAUGUGCAUGAUCAUGUAUGUGUAUGUGUAGUUAGAUAUGGAUGGAUGAAUAUAUGUACUUAUUUUGUCCGAAUAUAUGUACAUUGUAUGUGUUCCAUCUUACAUCCCACUAAAGUACAAUGUAGGAAUUAUAGAUUUGUGGUACAUAUUGUUACGUAUAACUGAGAAUAUACUUUAUUUUAGUUAAACUGAAUUAAUUUUCGCUAUUUUCAGCAAGAUAGAGUAGAAGACAACAAUCAAAUAUUAUUUUGCAGCUAAAUAUGGUAUCCAAGAUCUAUUGUAAAGAUACCUUAUGACCAAAAUUGAAUAUUUAGGCUUAUAGUAAAAUUCCAUUGAAUUAAAGUAUGCUUUCUUUCUUUACUCCGACGGCGGGGCAGCCGAUCCACUGGAACAGUUUGCAUGUCGGCCAGGUGGCCCCGCUAACGGAAUUAACUUUGCUAGAAAGUUUCAGGCUUAUGUUUGGCGGAGGGUUAAAAUACGCUAUUAAUAAAAACACAAAACCCAUGGCCAUGCUUUCCUAUAAGUUCGUGUUUUAUUUUCAUGUACUUACUUAUUUACAGUUACGCUCAAUACAUUACGUUCGGAUAUCCUCGAUCGACAGAUAUAUGAGUUAGAAGAAAGUUCUGCUUGUCUGUAUAUAUAUAUGUAUAUGUUUAUACUAUAUGCAAAUAUGUGUACACAAUUAUAUAUAUAUAGCUGGAUAGGUUACGAGUAAAUACAAAUGUAUCAUUAUUUGUAUACGUACAUAUAUAUAUAUAAUGUGAAAUGUGAUUUUUUCUGAAAGUUAUAUACAAAUGUAUGCAUUAUUAUACUUACAUGGUAACCUUAUUAUACGGUACGUCUUCUGUUUGAAUGCAUACGUAUUAGGUAUACGCAUGCAAACAAACAUAUAUACAUACACACGUAUGUGAAUGUGAAAUAACAAAGACAUGUUCACAUAAACACAAGUACAAAAACCAAAAUUCACAAAUAAAAUAUUUAAAUUGAAAUAAAACAUUUACCUAAUUAAUUAAGCUGAGGUAUUUUAUGAAGAAUUUUACAUAAUAAUUCCAAUAAGAUGUAAUCUUAUUACCAGUAUUCUAUUAAGUCGGAAAAGAGUUAAUAGAAUGGUCGGAAGCUCUGAAUCAGCACAGACAGUAAAUUAAUUCAACCUAUUCUGAACUGAACUCAUUUAGCCUUCUUGUACAAUUUUUCAGAAAACAUUUGCUGUAGAAAUCGAAACAAUCAAAACCUAUUAUCAGACACCUGAAACUUGAACUUCUAUUCAGACGAACUUCUGCUGCUGAAAGGGUCAAAUUAUUAUUUCAAUUAGCGGUAUACACUUAUUCAGUCAUUCAAUAGGAAACUGCUAAUUUUCAGGAUUCAGAGAACAAAUCUGUAAAAUUUCUAAAAGUAGACAGGAGCUUGGGCAGUGACAUCAUUGCUCUUGUUUAUUUUCCAGUUUAUGAAACUGUCCAUCAUACGACUUUUACACGAUAUCAUAGUAUACAUUUCAUUACUUAAAUAUUUAAAGGUAUUAUUGUUAAAGUGAAAGCUUUUUCAAUUGUCUGAUGUGAAGUACCCGCAUGUAAUGGUAACUGAUUCGAUAUGUUUGUUUAGCUGUAGGUCUCAUAUGAUGCUUACAAGUAUGUAAAAGGAGUAUUUUCAAGUUUCUUAUGUCUUUAUUCGAUUAUAAUAUUCUUCUUUAUUACAAGAAAAGCUAAUAAAAUGGAUGAGAAGAUAUAAAAUAUUAUAUCUGA